AUGGGGAAAUUUUCGAGCAAGCAUGUGGGCGUUUUAGCUGUUAUGUUUGUGUUAGUGUUAGGGUUAGCAGAAUGUAGAAAAAUAGAAAAAGAUGGCUUUGGAGGUGGUGCCGGAGGAGGUGGAGGCUUUGGUUCUGGUGGUGGUGUAGGUGGAGGAGCUGGAGGGGGACUUGGUGGUGGAGGUGGUGUAGGUGGAGGUGCUGGUGGGGGUUUUGGAGGAGGCAAAGGUGGAGGGAUAGGAGGUGGUGGUGGUGUUGGAGGAGGAGGUGGUGCUGGUGGUGGGUUUGGAGGUGGUAAGGGUGGUGGUGGAGGCAUUGGAGGUGGCAAAGGUGGAGGGAUAGGUGGUGGUGGUGGUGUUGGAGGAGGAGGUGGUGCUGGUGGUGGGUUUGGAGGUGGCAAGGGUGGUGGUGGAGGCAUUGGAGGUGGUGGUGGUGUUGGAGGAGGAGGUGGUGCUGGUGGUGGCUUUGGAGGUGGCAAGGGUGGUGGUGGAGGCAUUGGAGGUGGAAAAGGUGGCGGUGGAGGUGCAGGAGGAGGAUUUGGUGGAGGAGCUGGAGGUGGAGGUGGUGCUGGUGCUGGUGGUGGGCUUUGGAGGAGGCAAAGGUGGGGGAGGAGGUUUUGGCGGAGGAAUUGGGGGCGGGCAUUGAUUCCGAAAGUCAGAGAGCUUGUAUGUCAUGAUUGUGCAUGGAAUGUUUAG